GGAAUGUAGCGUAGCUAAAGUUUUGGAUGUUGUCUGCCAUAAACCCCACAGAUGAAGAAGAAGCGUAGCUAAAUAAUAAAGACGGUUACAAGAUUUAGAAGAUGGUUCUGAAUUUCCCUUCCUAGCCCUACGAAAAAGCGUACAGUUACUGUAUCUUCGAACGAAGCGUGCUGUUGUUGUGGUGAAUAUCUCUAAUCAUACAUUAGCCUGUUAUAACCAAUCAAUUCAGCUGUGUCAUAUUUACCUCUAUCUCAUCUCUCUUUUCUGUGUGGAUUCAGAUUGUCAUGGUGGAAAAUUCUCCCUCCCCCCUGCCAGAAAGGGCCAUCUACGGCUUUGUUCUGUUCCUUGGCUCACAAUUUGGCUUCUGUAAGUCCCAGUUAUAUGUUCUUUGUGUUUAGUCUGUUUAAGGCAAUGACUGUUGAAGUUGGGGAUUCAAUACCAUAUUAUUCUCUGUAGGCUAUGUGAAAAUGCCAAAUGUGCUCUCAAAUGUAGUGUCAAUCUGAAUUUUUUAUGUACUUUAUGUUUUUUACCCAUUUCUGCUCGUUCUGCAGUUUUGUAUUUGGUGUGGGCCUAUGUACCAGAUGAAUGGCUUCAUUCAAUAGGGCUUACUUACUGGCCUCAAAAGUAAGUUAAUCGAAAUGAGUCCACUGAACAUGUUCAUGAUUUACCUAAUAAUCCAUAUAGAAAAAUAAUACAUCAUUAUAUCAGGUAGAGCUACCAUACUGAAUUUAUUGACGUUCGGCUAAUCUUUUUCCUUGAGACCUGUAUUUUGUAUAUUACCCAAGAUGGUCGUGAGCCAUCACUAGCCGGCUACCACCCGGUUACUCAACCCUGCACCUUAGAGGCUGCUGCCCUAUAUAAAUAGACAUGGAAUCACUGGCCACUUUAAUGGAACACUAGUCACUUUAAUAAUGUUUACAUACUGCUUUACUCAUUUCAUAUGUAUAAACUGUAUUCUGUUCUACUGUAUUUUAGUCUAUGCCACUCCGAUAUUGCUCGUCCUAAUAUUUUAUAUAUUUUUUAAUUACAUUCUUUUACUUUUAGAUUUGUGUGUAUUGUUGUGAGUUGUUAGAUACUACUGCACUGUUGGAGCUAGGAACACAAGCAUUUGGCUACACCUGCAAAACAUCUGCUAAAUAUGUGUAUGUGACCAAUACAAUUUUAUUUGAUUCGUUUUUGUUUUUUUUGUACCAUCUGCUGUCUCUGUAGGUAUUGGGCUGUUGCUGUGCCAAUCUAUCUGCUGGCUGCAGUAGUAGUCUGUGUAGUCAUGUUGUUUGGGGUGAACAUGAUUAACACUGCUCCACUCAGCUCAGUGGACAACAUAACAGGUAAGCAUCAGGUUCAUCUGGUUCCUCCAGAUGUCUGGAAGGUUCUACAAUCACUCUACUGUUGUGAAUUCCUAUCUUUGUCCCUGUUUUAAACCAAGAAGUCCCAUUUGAGAUGAAAAUAAAAAUGUUUUGUAGUAAGUCAUGGCCAAGAAAGGAAACUCAACUCCAUAAUUGUAUAUCAUAAAACAAUUAGGCUAACACACGACAGUAUUUACUACCUAGAAGUUUUUAGCGCUACAGGAUUUUGUACCAUGGAUUUGUUUUCUAUUAGGUUUUCUAAUAUCUGUCUCUCUUAAUCUAGUAUCCUUCACUGUAACCUAUAGCCUACCUUAUUGUCGAACAGAUGUCUAUGCCAGAGGUCAGCGGAUAGAUGACUGCCAGAAGAGGGCCAUACCCAGAUUAAAGGAUGUCUCCAUCAGUGAAGUGAACAGAAUUUUCUAUUUAUCACCUCAAUGACAACCAGAUUUGUCGCAAAGUGAAUACAGGACUAGGAAGAAUGGCAUUACCUCAGUGAGGAUGCUGACUAAGAAAAUUAACAAAUAGCUGAUUGAUGCUAUGUUUUAUAUGCACUGCAGAGAUAAUUCCUUGAUGGAAAAGUGUUUUCUCAUGAUACUUAUUAAGUAUUUGUUAAGCGCUACUGUUUUUUCCCUAUUGUAAAUGUCUUCCAAAUUAUUUCAUUUUUUUAUUGCACUUUUCCUUUUGUUUUGGUAUAUGAAUGAUUUUGGCCUGGAUUCACAAGUCGUCUGAAAAUAAAUCUCAGAAGCUCCUCAAGAAGAGCAUUCCGUAGAAAGUUAUUGGAUGCAGUUUUGUAACAUUUAUCACAAACUUCACACACAUUUUCAUGUUAAUAUGUUCAUUGUUCAUUAUCUUCUCACCAAGUUCAUUUCUUAAAACCAUGUGAACUGAUUUUAAUUAUUAUAUUUGUAUAGGACUCCAGGCUGUGGAUAUCCAUUUCAAUUAUCAGAGAAAUGUCAGCUGUCUUGUCACAUCUUGCUAUCUUUCUGUCUAUAGUCCACUUUACACUCAACACCUGUCAAAGGUAACUGGAAGUGCAGCACAAAUAUAGACUAUAUGCAUCAUUUUUCUAUAUGCUGCUGAGCUGAGGGUAGACAACCAAUUUACCUCUGUUUGCUGCAUAUGUUAUUUAGUUUAUUUUGCAUUUGAACAUUGUUUAUUAUAAAUCAACGCUGUUGAUCAAUGGUAUUGAUCUUGCAACAUACCUGUAUGAUAUAAUGGUCCACCAUCCACUGUGUUGAGCCUGUGGUCUUAUUUGAAGGCUCGGGACAAGCAGAGGGCAUUUUUGUCGCCAUAACUGGCAUCACUCCUCACCGUUGGAGUUUGCUGAGGUUUUAGAUGCACCUUUUCCAUCACCUCCAUGUGACAGGACAAAUAUUUGACUUGCAGAUGAACCCUGGGCAGCCAGGUGACCUGACCACAGCAGCUUGCACAUCAUCUGUGGUCCUCUGUAGCUCA